AUGAAGAUAACCCUGGUCGCUCUCGCCUGUUUGGUGGCCGCUGUGAGCGCUGAUGUCAGCUACCUGCCGCCAUCCAGGGACAGCGCUCCUGCUGCCGGCUACCCCAGCGGCGGCGGUGGUGGCUACCAAAGUGGUCGACCCAGCUAUGGAGCACCUCAGGCAGACGAGCAGAGCGGACCCGCGAAGUACGAGUUCUCGUACCAGGUGAACGACGCCCCUUCGGGCAACGACUUCGGCCACAAGGAGAGCCGCGACGGAGACGUCGCCAACGGGGUGUACUACGUCGCGCUGCCCGACGGCCGCAAGCAGAUGGUCGAGUACGUGGCGGACCAGGCAGGGUACCGGCCCCAGGUCACGUACCAGGGCGAGGCCAAGUACGGGCCGCCCGCCGGCGGGCCGCUUGCGGGCGGGCCAUCAGCGGACACCGGGGCGGGCGGGUACAGAUACUAG